GUCAACGUGCUGCUGAGCACGCUCAAUUCCUGCGGCGGGAAGAGAGGAGGUGACUUGCGCGUUUGGCUAGUUUCCCAACGUCGGGGACGGAGGUGCGACAGUUAAAGAUUAGCGUGAUAGUGCUUCCUUUAAAUACCGGGCACCGACUGAUCAAAGCGUCCAAUUCAUUGCAGAUCCUCGGCCAGUGCAGCUAUCUGGUACGCGCUCCCGUCCCCAAACCUAACCCGAGAUGGCAAACGCGUACCUGCAAGGAGUAGAGAUCUCUGCAUCACAGUUCCUGGAUAUUUUUCACCAUUAUGAUAACGAUGGUAAUGGAUAUAUUGAAGGGAAGGAGUUGCAGAGUUUUAUAAAAGAACUUCAGCAAGCUCGAAAACAGGCAGGACUUGAGCUUACAGACCAAAUGAAGGCUUUUGUACAGGAAUAUGAGAAAAAUACAGAUGCCAAAAUUGGAAUUGUUGAGCUAGUACAAAUAUUGCCCACAGAGGAGAACUUCUUGUUAUUUUUCCGGCAACAGUUGAAGUCUUGUGCGGAAUUUAUGCAGGCUUGGCGAUGUUAUGAUGCAGACCAUAGUGGCUACAUUGAAGCAGAUGAGCUGAAGAACUUUUUGAAAGAUCUGCUUCAGAAGGCUAAGAAACCAUAUGACGAAAAGAAGUUAGACGAGUAUACACAUACCACACUCAAAAUAUUCGACUCAAACCACGAUGGGAAGUUGUGUUUGGCAGAAAUGGCGAGGCUGCUACCGGACGAGGAGAACUUUCUACUCAAGUUUCAGAAUGUGAAGAUGGUGAGGAGAGAGUUCAACAAGAUCUUUGAGUUAUACGAUCAGGAUGAGAAUGGCUAUAUGGAUGAGAAUGAGCUGGAUGCCCUCCUCAAAGAUUUGUGUGAGAAGAACAAGAAGGUGCUGGAAGUCAACAAAAUCCCCACAUAUAAGACCGCCAUUAUGGCGCUAUCAGACGGGGGCAAGCUGUACAGGACAGAGCUAGCACUGGUGCUCUGUGCUGAGGACAUUUCAGCCCCUGCCCCCUUAUAAAACACUCCUCUUUCCACCUAACCACACCCACUCCAUCCCCUUCUAACCCGCCUCCCUUCCCCUCACUCAUAAAUUGUGUAAAGAUACUGUCGCUUGAAACUCUAAGGAUGUAGGGUGUAUUUUUGUUUCUGUUUUUGCUUUUCUUUCAAUAAAUCUGUCAAUUUGCCAGUGACAGUGUGUGCAUAGCUAGGGCACAUUAUCAGAGACAUAGGGUGUCACAUACUUUUCAAAUCUUUUGUUUCUAUACUCUUUGUAAAUGUACAGAUUUUUGUAACAAUGAGAUUGAUACCACCAUUGAAAAUCCCUGUACUUUGUCCUCUCUAUACUACAUACUCCAGGACUGUAGCCUCUCAUUGGCUGAAAGAGAGGGUGUGUCCCCUACUGACCAAUGACAACAAUGUUUACCGUUAUUGUUAAUUAAUAUCUCUACACCAAGUAGUCAAACUAGUAGUAACAAUAACUUAUACUAUUAGAAUUAUAUCCCUCCAUUAGCCUAAGCAAUAUGUUACUAAAAUGUUUCUGUAAUGUUGUGCAUGGAAACUAAAUAUAAUAAAUAGCGGAAGAACAGUUCUGUGAUGUGAGACAAUUUUAAGCUAUAUAUCGUUUUGCAGUGCAUGUUAGUUACUGAAGGCUAGCCUUGUGUGGAGGUACUACUGAAUGGACAAGCACAUAUCUCGGAGUUGUGUAGCCUAACCCCCGUGACCCCUGACCUGCCCUGUGUAUAACGAUGGUGCCAGUCUCUGAUGUGCUACAUGGACCUUUUUUUGCACUGUUAACAAUGCCAUGCCCCACCAUGCUGGGCACCAGAAACACUGUGUAAGAUGUAAUAAAAACUCAAUUCAACAACUACCUUACACCCCAA